AUGAUUCCAUUAAUCAAAAUAUCAAAAAUAGUAGUGCAUACGGCUUUGACUUCCAUUACAACUUGUCGUCAAUACAUACCGUCUGAUAAUCGUUCCUUUUUCGUGCGUGAUUAUUCUCAAUCAAAUUUACCUCAACGAAUAUCAAAUUCAUCAUAUCAAAAUCUUCUUCGUCAACUUCCUUCUCUUCGAUUAGUUGUUCUAGGAUGUGCUCGUAAUGUCGAACGAGAUCUUGAUGCAUUUCGAAGUCAUAUUGAACCAAUUAUUGAUCUCUUUCAUUCAUCAUCUCGUAUUCUUAUUUUCGAAAGUGAUUCAAAAGAUAAAACUGUAAAAAAACUUCUUGAAUGGUCUCGUGUAGAACUAUAUACAUAUCGUGGAUUAUUAGGACGAUA